UGGCCAUGUCUCUCCGUCUCCUGAGCCUCAACAUAAAGCCAAGUCCAGUGCCAAAGCUCUGUACGAACAAAGAAAACAUUUCACCAAAACGAGCAUUAACAGUCUGACGGACACGUCGCAGUAUCACGUGGAGCAUCUGACCACGUUCGUGUUGGACCGUAAAGACGGGCUGAUCACGGUGGACGAUGGCGUGCGGCGUCUCCGCCUGCUGGACGCUAAAGGGAAGGUCUGGACUCAGGAGAUGUUGCUGCAGGUGGAGGAGAGAAGCGUGAGUCUCAUCGACCAGGAGACGCAGAACGAGCUGGAGAACUUCGCGGUCGGGACGUUGCAGCACUGCCAGGCUGUGAUGAACUCCUGCAGCUACGACUCCAUCCUGGCUCUAGUGUGUAAAGACUCGGGUCAGAGCAAACCGGACCUGCACCUCUUCCAGUGCGACGACAUCAAGGCGAAUCUGAUCCACGCAGACAUAGAAAGCGCCAUGAUGGACGCCAAAGGAGGCAAAGUGAAGAGACGACCAGAGGCGCUCCGGAUGAUCCUGAAGAGCGACGGGGUCAUCCCCCCUCCCCCCGCUGCUCCCGCCCCCGAACCCCCCGCGUCGUCCAAUCAGGUGGACGUCAAGAGUCGAGCCGCCGCCUGGUCGGCCUGGACCAAUGAGCAGCAAGACUAUGAGAAGCAGCGUCACGUUUCGGAGGAGGACGGGGCGCUGGAGAUGAGCGCGGCGCGAGUGGACCGGGACGUUCAAAUCCUGAACCACAUCCUGGACGACGUCGAGUUCUUCGUCACCAAACUUCAGAAAGCGGCCGAAGCUUUUAACGAGCUGUCCAGGAGGAAGAAGGUGAAGAAGGGCAAGAAGAAAGGUCCGGGAGAGGGCGUUCUGACUCUGAGGUCCAAACCUCCCGCGGAGGACGAGUUCGUCGGCUGUCUGCAGAAAUUCAAACAAGCUUUCAACCAGCUGGGUAAACUGAAGGAUCAGAUCCAGAACCCGAGUGCUGAAGAUCUGCUGCACUUCCUGUUCUCUCCCCUCAGGAUGGUGAUCCAGGCGGCGGGCAGUGUGGAUCUGGCUCGUAGCGUCGUGGUUCCUCUGCUCACCAGAGAGGCCAUCGACUUCCUGCACGCUGCGGGGACAGCGGAGGAGAGACACCUGUGGGUCGCUCUGGGAGACGGCUGGACCAAGAGCAGGUUGGAGUGGCCGAGGGAUCAUUACUUCCCCCCCUGUGCGCUGACGUUUCGGGACGGAUGGGAGCCUCCGGUGCUGCCGGCUGCGUACAGAGAGCAGGAGCCGCUGAGUCAGCUCGCAGAGAGUCUCGCCAACGCUGAGAUCCAGAGACACGAGGAGCUGAGGAGCAGACUGGAGGCGGUGCAGAGGUUCUCUCCUGACGACGGGUACGCAUCCUCCUACAAACGCCUGCAGAUCCUGGAUCAGGAUUUGGCCUUGGCUGCUUUUAAACAGGCCGUCAGCCGCCGCGUAGACGGGAGUUUUGACGCUGACGGUCGAGUCCAAACGAAACCUUUUGCCAAAUCUAAAUACGACUUUGUGGCGAGAAACAACACGGAGCUGUCCGUCCUCAAAGACGAGGUCGUCGAGGUUAUCGACGACAGGAAACAGUGGUGGAAGGUGAGAAACGGCUGCGGGGCGUCGGGCUAUGUGCCAAACAACAUCCUGGACCUCACCAGAGCCGUGGACAUCACCGGCCGAGGGGAGCCCAUCUACAGCCACACCAUCCAGCUCAUGAUGCCAAAGAAGGAGUUUGAGUUGUUUAAGCAAUUACUGGGAGAGUUGAACGAGAAGCAGACGUCCAGGACCGACUUCAUCCCCAGUAAACCCGCAGCGACCCCGAUGCCUCCGGCUCCCACGCCCCCCCCAGCCCCCGCCAGGCUCCCCACGCCGCCGCUGCCCCCCCCGGCCCCCGAGCCUGCCAAGCCGGCCGUCAGCCGCCACAACAGCACCACGUCCAGCGACAACGGCAGCGUCGCCCUAAGGGAGAAGCUCAGCCAGAGAGCGCCGCCCGCCAACCGGGAGCCCGUCAACCGCAGGAAGUCCAACAUGGAGGAGGUGCAGGACGAGCUCAUGCACAGACUCACUUUAGGUCGCAGCGCUCAGAAGAAGUUUCCGGUUUCUUCUCGCGGCGGCGGCGGCGUCCCGCCGUCCAACAGCAUCAGCUACGACUCGUCACCGGAGCACGUCAGAGCCUGGCUGGAGGCCAAAGGCUUCAGCCCUGUCACCAUCACCAGCCUCGGUGUGCUCACCGGCGCUCAGCUCUUCUCGCUGAACAAAGAGGAGCUGAAGACGGUUUGUCCCGAUGACGGCGCCCGGGUCUUCAGCCAGGUGACGGUGCAGAAGGCGGCGCUGGAGAAGCGUUCGGGCUCUGAGCUCCAGGAGAUCAUGAGGCGGCGGCAGGAGAAACUUGCAGCCAGCACGUGUGAUUCAGGGGUGGAGUCUUUUGACGAAGGCAGCACCCACUGAACGCCACAUGGUUCCCUCCCUGCUUUACCUUUAGUUUGUUCAAACUGCAGCCUGCUGUUUUCUCGCCCUCUUGAUCCUCAGGCGGCGGCCGAUCACGCCAAGUUUGUGGAAAUCAUGCGGCGCCGGCAGGAACUCCUCAGCUCGUCUCCGUAGGAAGAAAUGUAAAAACAAGAACCAGCCGGCUUUGGGACCGUCCGGUACAGAGAAUGUUCUGCCAUGUUUGCCUGAAGUUCAUGUGAACACUUUGCGACUCUGAGGAGUUUUGUGGGUGUUUUGUAUUAAAGCUGCUUAAGUUGCAAAGUGAAGCGUCUGUUGUUCUGCAGCUGCUUCGUCAGCUUCAGUCUGUGCCUCUGCUGUCGUCUCAUCGACACACGCAGCUCGUGCUGUUCCCAAUGUUUUACGAAGUCUGUACAAAUAUAAUAAAUAUUCAAACCAGAAGCUGCAACUCUCCAAACUACAUCUAAAUAUCGAUGACGUCAAUACAUUAAGUUUAGUUUUUAGUUGAGCUUUAAAAUCAUCUCAUGAAAACAGACUUGAAAAUAUACAACCUAUA